AAUAUCAUUUGUCGUUAUAGUCGAUCCUUCACAACUUCGAGCUUUGUGUCGGGAAAACCAAAUUCAGACGAUGGCUUCGAUUCCGCAGAUUAUCCUUUGUAACUUCCCCAUACACGAUGGUUUCAACAAAGAACCCAAAAACAGAUUACACGCUAAAGGACGGAGCUUGGGUCCUUCUCUGCUCCAAAACAAGUUGGGAUUGAGAGCUUACUUGUUUGAGCAUAGACAAAGACAGAGACGGCGAGUGAUGGGUCUGGGAGAUAUUGGAAUUUUAGCAAGUGAUAAAGCUCUUAACCGGAGAAGACGGGUGGUUAGGGUUAGGGGUUUGAAGUUUAAUGGUGGAGAUAACAACGGAAAUGGGAGGAUUCUCGGAAACCUUGCUUUGGCUAUUGGCUUGACUUAUCUCUCUAUGACUGGUCAGCUUGGUUGGAUUUUGGACGCUAUUGUCUCUGUCUGGCUUAUUGUGGUGAUUGUUCCAAUUUUGGGUUUGGGAGCUUUUCUAUGGUGGGCACAACGAGAUAUUGUCCAGAGCAAUUGUCCGAAUUGUGGAAACGAGUUUCAGAUAUUCAAGUCAGCGAUGGAUGAUGAAGUACAGCUUUGCCCUUUCUGCACUCAGCCAUUCUCAGUGGUGGAUGAUAAGUUUGUUAAGGAACCAGUGAAAUUCUCCAACCAAACUACUGCUUUUGGAGACUUAAAUGGGUUUUCUUCUAAGCCUAAGAAAGGGAAAGGUUUCUCAACACCGGUCGUAGACAUAGAAGCAGAAGUAACAGAUGUAGACUGACAAUGCGACCGGGAAGUUAUAGUGCAUAUUAACCGAGCCAAGGAGAUUUUGUAGAGACAACAAACUUGUGUAGAGAGCUCGUUGUUGGAUAUAGAAGUAAUAUAGAAAUACACAUCCA